GCGGAUGGACGGUAGAACAGGACGGGGAGAGAAAGGGAGAAGAGAAAGGAGGAGGUGGGAGGACGAGGAUGGGAGAGGGGAGAACAGUUGCCGGCGACAGUAGUUGAUUGAUUGGUUGAUUAAUUCACCGAUUGAUUAGCUAUUGAUUGAUCAGUCCAUUAAUUUUCUCAUUAAUUUGAUCGAUCUAGUACUUAAACAAUGCUUCGAUGGCGUGCUGGCGUGCCAGCCUUCGCGCAAGGAAGGAAAGGAGAACGCCUGAUAGGAAUAUUCGUUGACGACCUACUGGCCCGUGCAGGACGGCAAAGUGCCGCCGCCAUCGUCCCCAUAGCCGUCUCCUCCUCUUCUUCUUCUUCUUCUUCUUCUUCUUCUUCCUUGUCGUCGUCGACGGCCUCAUUAUCUUUGUCAGAUGUGUGCAGAACGUCUGGCUCCACACGCCACACGGGGGGAUUCCAUUCUUCCUCAACCAUCGAUGAUGUUGCUUCAUCGUCUCUACCCGACAUAAUAGCUGAUAGGUCCAUCGCCUGCUCUCUUCGUCCGUUAUCGUGUAGUACAAGAGGGGGGGCAGGGGCAGGGGCAGCCUGUGACGACGAAGGCAAGGUCCAUCGCCCGCUCUCGCUCCUGCUUCGUCGAGCGGCUGACAGGAGUAACGCCACGUGGCAGGGGAAUCAUCAAUCGGGCGGUUGUGGAUCGCUGGGCUUGUCGAACGGCCGACGCUCUGCUUCAUCUCUUCGUCAUCAACGGCUAGAGGAUAACUCGCUCCUUCUUCGCCAUCGCCGACUCUCGCAUGGAAGGUUUUCGUCCUCCAUCGCCAAAGAGGACAAGGAGGAUGCGUCACCCACCUCUGAAUCUGGAAACGAGGCAAGUGCGGGCACCAGGGAGAAGAGCACGUCCAGCUUCUGGAGGACCUGGAUAGAGAAGAAGCUUAGAGAAAGCAGGUCCUCUGCAUCCCCCUCCUCCUCGGCCUCCAUAUCGGUGGGGACCACUCAGCCGGCUGCUUCUGCCAGUUCAUCGUCCCGGAGUUCGACGGGUACCAAUGGGGUUAGGGACAACCGUGGACCGUCGGUCGCGAACGAGCCCAUAAUAUCCAGCGAUCGAGAUGACGCCACGUGGCGGACCGACAUGGAACCGCAGCCCGGGAUGCCGGCCACGGGGCCACGUGUUGGCUUUGCAGCAGGAGUCCUGGGAGAAGAAGAUAGGAAGCUGAACCCCACUGCUCCCCUGUCGGCAGCUGGUGAUCCUGAUCGGGAGAAAGGUCUUGCGCCGUCUCAUCGGCCGAUGGUGGUGGCUCGGGAAGGGAAGAGAUUCACGGAAAAACAAGCUCUUGCGAAUGCUGAUUUUAGGAAUGUCCGGUUUCUUCAGCAAUUCAUCUCGGAGACAGGGAGGCUUACUCCUCGGCGCACCUUCAAAUUGCGCGCAAAGGUUCAACGGAAGAUAGUUCGAGAGAUCAAGACAUCGAGGGCGCUGGGUCUCAUGCCUUUCCAAAUACUGGAUGGGCCACCCUUCCGCCUUGCCAGGCCCGAACGACAUGAAAUGGGUCAUGAUCAUGAUUAAAGAACUCACGAAGACAGUUCACACCGUUUGGAGUUUUUUCGCUCACGGAUGCGUGCCUCUCUCACUGACCUCUGUCUAAAGCCGCACUUGGUCGCUUACAAGAAAUCAGAAACCAUGCAGCUCUGACGGAGGGGAGAACAGCUCUGACGGAGGUGUCGACGGUCUGCCAACAUUCUCUAUGUGCAUGGACAGCGGUGGAGUCCCGUACAUCACCUCAAGCGUGCGCUGGAGUAAUGCAAUAUUGAAGUCAGUGUCGGCUGCGAUCAUAACAAUCUCCUCCCCAGGGGAGGUGAUGUAAAAAGGGAGAUCAAGAAACUACGAUGAUAGAAAAGAAGACAAGCAGCUUCAUUCUGCAUUGCCAGCCGCGUAAUUCGUGUCCAUUCUCUGCACUCUCCCACCUGUACAACCUGCAACCAGCAGGUGAUUGCUGCUUUUUUGUAUCCUCCAGCCUAAGAGAGUGUGUUCUAGGGGGAAAAGAGAGAGAGAGAGAGAGAGAGCGAGAGAGAGAGAGAGAGAGAGAGAGAGAGAGAGAGAGAGAGAGAGAGAGAGAGAGAGGUCGACUUGCAUUUUUUUUUUUUUUGUCUCGCUGCUUUUCCAUAAGGAGUGGAGGGGCCAUUGCAUGGAGGAAACACUGGAACGAGUCUCUCUGUGUCUAGGAUUACACUACAUAGAUAAGUAAUAAGAUCUUUUCCAACAUUUGGCUUAUAUUCUUGUGUUCGGUUCGUGAGCAGGCAAAUGCACUGGCCCUACAGAGCCCAAUUUCUCAUGUUCUUCUACGUUACUUUUUUAUUAUGUCUAGGCUGUAAAGGCCUCUGGCUCAAGUCCACUUGUAUGCUACAUCAUGCUACCCUUGAAACCAACAAAGAAAGCUUAAUGCUCCCGCUCCCUUGUAUGCAGUAAAUCUCUGAAUAGAAAAGUAUCAGCUGAACAGGAAAGUGUUAGCUAGGGAAAGCGAAGUAGUGAGCUGACAGAGUCAUCAGGGAGCAGUAGCACCCAGACAGGGAUUGAUCUGUUUCGGUUUUUUAUUCUGUGGCUUCUGAUGCCUUUCACUGUCCAGUUCUCGGUGAGGCUGGGCUUCGGGUCUACUCACUGUCUCUCUGCAGCCCAGGGGCUCCCGGAUGGCCUGGUGGCGUUCUUUAGGCUGGUGGAUGGCUAAGUGCUGGGUUUCAUUUUGCAGGCUGGUUGGUAUCUGCUGAGGGUUUGCUAAUCUGUGAGUGGCUGGGUGCCCAUUGGUGUUAUUCUGUGGGUGGUGGGUUGCCGCCAAGAGCUAGUGUCUUUCUGCAUGCCAGGCAUUCGCGGUCCCGAGCCCUUUGUAUUCCUUGGUCUUGUUCUGCAGGCUGACUGACUGGUCGUGAGUACCAGGUGAUGGCUGCUCAGAACCAGGUCCGGACCACCUGGUUCGGAGUACCUGUUGUUGUUCUGCCAGCUGGCGGGCUGCUGCUGAAGGGAGCUGGGUGUUGCUCUACACCCUUGCAGUUUCCCUGUAUGUUGCUGCAGGCCACAGAGAAGAUGGAUAGGUUCAGUUCGGGAUGCCACUCCCCGUACUUCCCCGUCUCCCGUGAGGGCACGAGUGGGAACCUGGGACGUGUUUGUUUAGUGGGUGAUCGUAGAAUAUUUUGUUCUUCGCGACUUCUGGAAGUUUUGCCCCUCUCAUUUCUGAUUUUUUCAGAUUGAACAACCUGCGCGGAACACCACAAAAAAUGGAAAACAGCAAACACCGAGACCUUCAGAAGCAGUCUUGUUGUUGUUCCUUUUUCUGAGGUGAAGUUCCUUGUGCGUCAAAUCUGCAAAGUUUUGAAAAGGGUUUCCCAUUUUAACACCACAGAUAUAUAUGGUAAACAGCACACCUUCAGAAGGAGGCUUGUUAUUGUUCCUCUUUCUGAGGCGAAGUUCCUUCUGCGUCAAAUCUGCAAUUUUUGAAAAGGGUUUCACUUUUUUUUCUUGAUCUACGGAUCGUACACAUGUCAACACUUC